AUGAAUACCAGGCCCUUGAUAGAGAACUCAAGGAAUCCCACAGCCUUAUCAGCUUCCUUUAACCACGAUGCUAGCUGUUUUGCUAUUGGACUUGAUACAGGAUUUCGUGUGUUCAACACAGAAGCAUGUCAACAACGAGUUGCCAGAGACUUCAAUGGCGGGGUUGGAACAGCACAGAUGCUUGGGAAUACCAACUACAUUGCUCUAGUUGGUGGUGGAAAACAACCAAAGUUCGCUCAGAACAAGGUAAUCAUUUGGGAUGAUUUGAAAGCAAAGAUUGCUGCCCAAGUAUCGGUUCUUACCUCUGUCAGAGGAGUUCGAAUCACGAGGACUCACAUAGUAGUUGCACUUUUGAACAGCAUUCGUGUUUACCAUUUCCAAAGCAACCCUGCACUAUAUCAGGCUUAUGAGACUGCAAGCAAUCCUUAUGGACUGUGUUGCUUAAGUGCCAGCAUCUUGAUAUUUCCCGGUAGAACAUCCGGGCAAGUACAAGUGGUCGAACUCAACAGUGGAAAUGUUAGCAUUAUACCUGCUCACACGGGAGCUCUUCGAGCUCUAGCGUUAAGCCGUGAUGAUGAGAUCAUUGCAACUGCCAGCGAAACUGGUACACUGGUCAGAGUAUUUGCAACCAGCAAUUGUGCGAAGAUAGCUGAACUCAGACGAGGUGUCGACCACGCUGAUAUUUUUUCUAUCUCUAUUUCCCCGUCAGGACAGCUCCUGGCUGUUACUUCAGAUAAAGCUACGCUCCAUGUUUUUGACAUUCCGCAUCCCUCAAAACCUCCAAGAUCGGAAUCAGCGACAGGUCAUCGACGGCUCACAUCCCUUGGUGGUGGUGGUAACAGUAGCCCGACGACGCCAGAUUCCGAUGCAAGAAACAAGUGGGGAAUUCUAGGGAAACUACCUUUGAUGCCCCGAUUAUUCUCGGACAUGUAUUCUUUUGCAACUGCCACAUUUUCCAUUGGCGAGGAGCCUUUGUCCGCAUCUUCUAACCCACUAACAGCAAGCGACGCUGGACCCAAGGCCUCGAAAGGUGUCAUCGGAUGGACUAGUGAUGAGAGUCUAAUUGUUGUUGGAGCAGGCACUGACAGUCGCUGGGAAAAAUUUAUCAUUGCCGAAGGUGAAGAUGGCAAGCGUUACUGUAUACGGGAUGGCUGGAAGAGAAUUUUGAGAGUCGAAUAA